AAGACAGAAGAACAGACCGUCUUCGUGGUUGUAUCCAUGCUUAGUAACAAGAAGUGUUAUUUUUAUAGGUUAUAUUUGUUAAUAGAGUGAAAUGAAGUUCGUUUAAAAUUAUGUUUCUAUCUUAUUUCGUUAUUUAUUAAUCUUGUCAAUUUUGUAAAUGUUGCCAAUACGGUUUAGUGAAGUGUUGUUGACAUUCUUGAUGUAAUCAAGACUUCAAGAGAACCACGAUUUUUAUUUAACCUCUUAUAUGAAACACCGGUGAAAUAACGGGGAAAAAUGGAAAGCAUUGAUUGUGAUUUUAAUAUGGAUGAAAAAUACAGAGUGUACGCAAGUGUAUCGUUUGCAGUAUUAUUAUUAGGGAUCGGCGUGCCUCUCUGGUGGCACACUACGACAGUGCCUCGUGUUACUCUUCCUUAUGCCGGAAUCGAUGAAUUGUCGCAACUGGACAUCAAAAUUACCACAAAGAUCAUCGUUGCGGCACUCUCACACAAUCGCGCCGAGUCGCUCGUACAUGAAAUUAGGCGAACGUUCGCAAACGCUGAAAUAUAUCAACUCGACGUGGAAUAUCAGGUAAUUUCCAAUAAUCUCUUAGCGUCUGUUUUCACAUAUCACGAGCUCGAAAAGGUAGCUUCUACUUUCGACCUGGAUGUAGGUAGCUUAUUACUGCUGGAAGCAACAAAUUUGAAUGACGCUGUUUUAGUUGGUUCCAAGAGAACGCUGUAUUUCUCUACUGAAACCAGUAUUGCUAAAUUGAUACAAGUAUUGUCAGAAUGGAUUCUGCAUGAUAAAUCAUUGGCACUGACGAAAAACGCGCUCGCGGAGCCUACUAUGUACAGUUUAGAUGAAGAAAACAGGAGACGAUUUCCAGCCAGUCUGGCAUACGACGUUCUAGUCACCUUAGUUAAUCCUGAUCCUGAAAAGCUAAAGAUCGUUUGGAACCUCAAGACGGUAACUGAAGAGUACAUGCAACCAUUUCUGGAUGAGCUGUCCAUCCUGAGUAACUUUUCGGUCAAGUCGCAAUGGCUCUACUUGCUGCCAUUAGAUAUGAAUCCUAGACGUGUGCCCGACAGUAGCCCAAACCGUAGGCACUUUGCCUUACGCGAGAGCGUCUUGCCACAGCUCGUGACGCCGUUGGAGAAAAAAUUAGCGUCGCAGGUUAGUCUUCAUCCGUGUAUCAAUUUGGUCGUUUAUAUGGUACCAUGUGACAACGCGCCUCUACAUAUAUACACCCGCAGCGGACACAGAUCGCGAACUGACAGCAAUGUGGAAGCCUUUCUCUCUCCGAGAUGGGGCGGUGUGGUUUUGAUUAAUCCACCAUCAGAGAUAUGUGAGAGCGCGCGAGAGGAUGAAGCAGUUACUGUUGUUCCCGAAGAAACUGCCAUAGUAGGCACAUUUCUGGCUCAGCUCCGACUAUUAUUAGGCAUUCCAGAAACGAAAUCUAUUGACGGAGUGACAGUUGUGCCAUUAGUAGGGCUAAAAUCACGCGACUGGGAAAUUGAUUCCUUAUUGAGGUAUCGCACCGUCGAGCAGUUGACUUCGGCCAAAUUAACUCUGCAAUCAUUGGCGCGGCUACUCAAAGAGAUUAGUAAUAUCGUUAUCACGGACGUAGUAGGAAACAGAAUCAAGACUGCGCUCGAGCUGGUGCACGACUCCACUGAGCAUCUGCGACGGGGCGAUCUCGAACGUAGUUUCAUCCUUAGUAAAGAAGCUUUCGUUAUAUCUGAGGCGGCCUUUUCCGACCCGACACUCUUGGCGCUUCUUUACUUUCCAGAGGAUCAAAAGUACGCCGUGUACAUUCCCCUAUUUCUGCCGGCUAUGAUACCGGUGCUGUUAUCACUCAAGAAUAUACGAAGAUACUACUUCUCUGGAAAGGACAAAAUGGUAGAUCACCGAGAAAGUAAAAAUAACGAAGACUGUAGACCGAAAGCCGAGUAAAAAGUAACUUUUCGACUGUCAUAUACAUAUGUAUCCACAUGAUCGUGCAAUGAUUCGUUCAAAAUCAUUUCAAUCGAAAGGUAAUGAGUUGCGAUAACAAAUAUAUAAUUUCAUGCAAAGGUUCUUAUCUAAGCUUUUAUUCACGCGUUACAGCGUUAAAUGUAUCGUAUUUCAAGUAUCUUUAAUACAUUAAAUUUAGACACAUUUAAGACUGACACCAUUAGUCGGGAUUACAUAAUCUUAACAAACAAUAAGAGCGCAGUUUUAGGAAUUUUUAUUCGUUGUUGUACACAACAGACGUAUCGAUAUAUCUCGUGCGACAAGAAACAUGCCGAAAGGAAAUACGUAAGAAACGAUAAUAGCUUUGUUUUAUUUCAAAAAGAGAAAUGAUAAGAUACCUGUGUACUACUGUAUGAUAUUUAUACAAAAGAAUAUAAUAAACGAUUUUUCUCU